UCGAGCUCAGCUGAGGCUGGAUGCUCGGAAGCCUCCAACCUUCUGGGACUGGAGUUGUCAAUAAAUGCUGCCAGUGAGUUGGGGAGACAAGAUACCAAAGAGACACUAGCAGGAACAACUGAGCCAGAGUUAGGGGAUCCGAAGAUGGAGAAAUAAGAGACCCAGUGAACGUUGUUCAUUAGCAAGACAAUCCUCACCUUCACCAGCUGAAGACUUUCAAAGUUUCAUCUCUUAUUAAGGUCCAAAGGAGUUGUACUUUCUUCUUCUCUAAGGCAAAGAGGAUCGCACGACAUAGCAUUUAUCAUACCACAUUGACAUUCAUGGAGGCCAAUAACAGCAACUCCCAGCAGAGACCCAUAUUUUCCUCUGCCCCCAAGGUGGAAUGUCAUCUUUUGAUUCAAGCUGUUAAGGAAGGUGACAUUACACAGGUCCGCCAGCUGUUAGAAAAAGGAGCUGAUGUCAAUGUCCGGGGGGAGGGUGGCUGGACUCCGCUGCAUAAUGCUGUGAAAAAAGUCUCCAAGGACAUUGUCCAGCUUUUACUAGACAAAGGUGCUGACCCUCAUAUCAAGAAGGAUAAUGGUGCCACUCCCUUCAUUGUAGCUGGAAUUGUGGGGAAUGUGGAGCUCCUGCAACUGUUUCUUUCUAAGGGAGCAAACAUCAAUGAAUAUGAUAACCAUGGGUUCACAGCAUUUAUGGAAGCUGCCUGUUAUGGUCGGGUGAAGGCUUUAAGAUUCCUGUUUGAAAAUGGGGCCGAUGUGAACUUGGGACGACAAACUAGUGAAGAACAAAGGAAACUCGGUAAGGGAGGGAAUACAGCACUCAUGGAUGCAGCCAGACAAGGUCAUGUCGAAGCAUUGAAAAUCCUUCUUGAAGAGAUGGGAGCAGACGUGAAUGCCCGUGACAACAUGGGCAGAAAUGCCUUGAUUCAUAGUUUUCUGGAUCCUAAGAACAAGAAUGUGAAGGCUAUCAUACGCAUCCUGCUAUGUCAUGGAGCUGAUGUCAACGUGAGGGGAGAAAAGGGGAAAACGCCUUUAAUUUUGGCAGUAGAAAAGGAGGAUGUUGAGUUAGUACAGAUAAUGUUGGAGCAGGAUGGAAUAGAUUUCAACGACAUGGACAAUGAUGGCAAAACAGCUCUUUGGUUUGCUGUUGAAAAAGAUCAAUUUGACAUUGCCCAGUUGCUGUGUGAAAAAAGAGUCAACACGAACUGUGGAGAGCUCAUUGAUAUAGCUGAGAGGAAUUACAAUGGGAACAUGGUCCAGCUUCUUCGAUAUUAUGGGGCCAAUGAAAAUUCCUAUCUCCCUCUUGCGGCCUAUGAGCCGAAGAGUCAACGUUGGCGAGAUCCCCUGAUGCAUCUCUAUAGGAUAAAGCGUGACAUGAUUGGUAAGCUCAAGAUUUUCAUUCAAGAAGAGUACAAGGUUGCAGAAACUUCUGAAGGUGGUGUGUACCUGGGGUUCUAUGAUGGGAAAGAGGCAGCCGUGAAGCGAUUCCGAGAAGACAGUAAACGGGCUCAGCAAGAGAUGGACUGCAUCCUCCAUUGCCAAAAGAAUAGCAACUUGGUGAUGUUUUAUGGGAGAGAAAGCAAAGACAACUGUUUGUAUUUGUGCUUUUCUCUUUGUGAGAGGACUCUGGAGGAACAUGUGACAACAAGAGCCUUGGAGAAUGAGGACUUCCAAAACAUUUUUGAGUCCUUAUUUAAGGCAGUGCAAGAACUACACAGACACGACUAUCUCCACCAGGACCUGCACCCAGGGAAUAUCUUGAUAGAUUCUGAAGGUAAAGUUCACUUGGCAGAUUUUGAUAAGAGUGAAAAAUUGAAUGAAAAUCGGCAUAAAAUUAAGGAUGAUCUAGAGACUCUUGGAAGGCUGGUUCUAUAUGUGGUACAGUUGGGAAAAGACCCCUUUUUCAAAAUUCAAGGCCAAAGUAUCCGUGAGGUCAUAGAUGCUUGUAUAAAUGAGGAAAUUAAAGAUCUUGUGCAAAACCUGCUUAUGCCUGGAACACAAUACCAAAACCUGCUAAGUAAGAUGCUCUCUCAUCCUUUCUUCUGGAAUUGUAAUAUUCGUUACAGAUUCCUUCGAGAUGUGGGGAAUGAAUCUGACAUCAAAAGACGAAAUUAUGAGAGUGAAAUCCUCAAGGCACUAAACUGUACUGAUGUUUUUGCAGAGUGGACAAAAAAGAUUGAUGAACAUAUUAUGAAAAAAAUGAAUUCAUUUUAUAAAAAGAAGCCUAUGUACUGCUACAAGAAUGAAGUUGGAGACUUGCUAAAAUUCAUCCGUAAUAUAGGUGAACACAUUAAUGAAGAACAAAAUAAAAAAAUGAAGUUAAAAAUUGGGGAACCUGCUCAGUAUUUUCAGAAGAUGUUUCCUGAUCUGGUGAUUUAUGUUUACAAGAAACUGCGGAAUACGGUCUACGAGAAGCAUUUUCCCAGUGUUAACAGUACUUAGCUUGAGUUGUUGACACCAUGCCAACAUGAAUCCGGACCCAAGGAUGUUUUAAAUCAUUUCUUACAUGUGGCCCAUUGGAUGAAUCCCACUCAAUUCAACAAAUACCUAUUGAAGUUCUACUAUUUAUAAAGCCUUAUGCUAGGGACUUUGAAGGCUAUAAAAAAGAGGAAGACUGGAUCCCUCCUCUUAAGGAAUUGAGGAUAAAAGGAGGAUGUAGACAGAUAAACAUAAAGUGAAGUUAUAUGUGAAAGCAUAUAAAAGUGAUGAAUCCCUAAGAGGAAGAAAGUUUUGCUAGGAAGUUAUCUCAGUUCUUUUCAUUUAAGUCCAGAAAAUCUUACAAAUAUGAAUCUACAGGCAUCCCUGACAUAACACCACUUCCAUUUCCAAAUGUCAUUUCACAGUAACCUCAGUAGAAAUCUUAAACACUUCCUUCACUGAUCACAACAUAAUCAAAAUUAUAAUCAAGCGAAAAUCUUUGAAUAAAGAACCUAUCACCAUGAAAGUCAAGCUCAAGAAUCUUGCUUUUUGGGGGCAGCUAGGUGGCGCAGUGGAUAGA